AUGCUCGGUCUCGCUGUCGAGCCUCCACCAACAACUCGCCCAGGACUCCCCUUGUACCCACCAUUAGCAGCUCGCAUCAGUAGCGAGACAGACAUAUACGGAGAAUUGGCGCAAACAUGGGCUGUUGCAACACUGAUCCGCUACUCUGGAGAGAAUCUGCACAAUCAACUUGGAGGGAAGGCUGCCGACUCGGCACACCCUCUCUUGGAUACCAGUAGCUCGGGCGCCCGGCGGGACAGGGCAUACUUCUACUUCCCUGACCUCGUCAUCGAUAGACCAGGCCGCUAUAAAAUCCGAAUCAGCUUGAUGAAGAUGGACUAUUCUUGCGACGAACACCAGGCAGGAGUAGCCAGAGUCCUUGAGUACAUCGACAGCCGUACUAUCAUCGUCGAAGACGGGUCAAAUACCUAUUAUCGCCCUUCUGGGCGCGAACGUGCAUUUCUGCGAAUAUUGAAGAGUGACGGGCAACCGAUCCCCCCUGCUCCAGCUUGA